UGCUCAGCUCACUGUCCAAGACUGCAGCAGGAAACACAUCUACAAGUACUGUCACACCAUGUUUGGGUUCCUCCUGCUUGCCUGUCUGUUUCUGCAUCUGGUAGUCUCUGUACCUCAAGCACCCUGCCGUCGAUGCUGUGACCACCUCCCCCCACUAGAUGACUCUGCAUCCACAAGAGAAGGCAUGCCUACAAUGCCUGAGGUCCGCACAUACAUCAAUAUGACCAUUCUCAAAGGUGACAAGGGUGACCGUGGAGAAAGGGGAACUCCUGGAAAGACUGGGAUUGAGGGCCCUCAAGGACAACAGGGUUUUGAAGGCCCCAAAGGAGAUAAAGGUCAGGCCGGAGCUCCUGGUGAUGCUUGCAAAUCCCAACAUUCUGCUUUCUCAGUUGGCCGAAGGAAGUCACUUCACAGCAUCGACCACUACCAGGCCCUGAUCUUUGAUACCAUCUUCGUGAACACCCCCGAACACUUUAACAUGUUUUCCGGCAAGUUCCGUUGCCACAUAGCAGGGAUCUACUUCUUUAAUGUGAACAUCCACACAUGGAACUUCAAGGAGACGUACCUGCACAUCAUGCAGAAUGACAACGCGAAGGCCAUCAUUUACGCACAGCCCAGUGACCGCUCCAUUAUGCAGAGCCAGAGCGUCAUGCUGCCUCUGAAGGAGAGCGAUGAGGUCUGGGUCCGGCUCUUCAAACAUGAGCGGGAAAACGCCAUCUACAGUGACGAUGUGGAUAUUUACAUCACAUUUAAUGGAUACCUCAUCAAACCAGAAAUGGAGUGAGAGCAGAAUGAAUGAUUAUGAACAGAAUGUUUGAAAAUGAGCAAUUUAACAAAGCUGAAAAGCAUUUCAUAUUAGCUAUAUUUCUGGAAAAACUAAAACAAAUGCAAAGCAGAAAAACCACAGGACUCAGCAGCCCCUUUCAUGCAUGAGGUCAUUACUGGUAUGGACAUGAUGUGUGAACAGAACCUUUUCAAAAACACUGAUAAAUCAGUUCAGACAGUUUUCAGGUAGAAGUUGUAAAAUAACAUGACAUUUCAGCUAAAAUGCUAGAUAAAGUUUAAUAUUACCAGUAUGAGCACACAGUGAGCUAAUCAUAAAUCUUUACUGCACAAUACUAGUUUGUUUUCUAAGCAAAAAUCUGCAAGACGGCCAUCUGACCAUUACAACUGCCGGUGUCUGAGAAGUAUAUAAAAGGUUAAAUCCAACAUAGGUUCAUUCUGAAAAUGUAGCCCUUUAUACAUUUCUGGAAAUCACAAAUUAUGUAGCCAGAGCUACAUAUGGCUGCAUUUCAUCUUUAAAGCAAAUGCUACGGGGCGGUAUGACGCCAUUGCUUUUCUCAUUUAUCAGCUGACCGCUUACCUCCAUAUGGACAGCAUUCCCACUGUUUCCAGUUUGUCCACUAGCUCGACAUGUACGUCAGCAGACUUGAG